UUUAUAAAGACAUAUUCCAGGGUGCAGAGGAAGCUCUAUCAAUUUUCUCAAAACUCAUGGUUAUAUCAAUUAUCUUGCUCUUUCUGCCUUUGAUUUUCUUCUCUUCAUUUUCAUCUUCAACAAUUGACAGAUUAAGCGGAGCCUCAUCUUUAUCAGUGGAACAUGCAGAUGAUGUUUUGACUUCGCCGAAUGGCGUUUUCUCGGCGGGGUUUUUCCCCGUCGGAGAUAAUGCUUACUGCUUUGCUAUAUGGUUUAGUGAGCCAUAUAGUGAAGGCAACCGCACCAUUGUUUGGAUGGCAAACCGUGACGAACCAGUUAACGGAAGAAAGUCAGAGCUUUCUCUACGUAAAUCGGGUAAUGUCAUCAUUACCGAUGCUGGCCGUCUCACUGUUUGGUCCACAGACACUGUUUCAGAAUCCUCUGUGUUUCUAUACCUCCAUGAAAAUGGUAAUCUUAUACUACAAAACUCGGAAGGUGGUGUGCUUUGGCAAAGCUUCGAUUCUCCGACAGAUACUCUACUUCCUCAGCAACUACUCACCAAGGAUAUGCAGCUUGUUUCAUCUAGAAGCCAAGGGAACUAUUCUUCAGGAUUCUAUAAGCUUUAUUUUGAUAACGAUAACGUUCUCCGUCUUCUGUACGGAGGUCCUGAAAUCACCGUUUAUUGGCCGGAUCCGGAGCUUAUGAGCUGGGAAGCUAGCAGGUCAACUUUUAACAGCAGCCGAAUUGCUUUUCUAGAUUCAUUGGGUUACUUUAGCUCAUCUGACAAUUUUACUUUUACGUCUGCUGAUUAUGGAGAAAGAGUCCAGAGAAUAUUGAAACUAGAUUUCGAUGGUAAUAUUCGGCUAUACAGUCGAAAAUACAGGAUGGACAAGUGGACUGUUUCAUGGCAAGCCAUGUCUCAACCUUGCAGGAUUCACGGGACUUGUGGACCUAACAGUAUUUGUAGCUAUGUUCCUCACUUUGGUAGGAAAUGUUCAUGCCUUCCAGGAUUCAAGAUCAGGGAUCGUAUGGACUGGUCAUUGGGCUGUGUACAAGAAUUCAAUCUCACUUGUACCAGAAAUGAGACAGGUUUCCUUAAGCUGUCUAAUGUUGAGUUUUUUGGCUACGACUAUGGCUUCUUCGCCAAUUACACCUUUGGAAUGUGUGAAAACUUGUGCUUGCAGAUAUGUGACUGCAAAGGAUUCCAGUUCAAGUUCAUCAAGCACGCCCAUCCCAGUAACAUUCCUUAUUGUUACCCAAAGACACAGUUGCUGAACGGGCAUCAUUCACCAAAUUUCGAAGGAGACAUCUAUCUGAAGGUGCAAAAAACCUUGCCUAUUCAAGAAAUUGGGUUAGAUUGUUCCAGCACAGUUGUCAAGCAGCUGAACAGAACAUACACAAAACACCAAGAAAAUGCAUCAAUAAAGUUUGUUGUUCGGUUUGCGAUGGUAGUUGGAUCGGUUGAGCUCGGUGUCAUUUUCAUAGUGUGGUGUUUUUUUAUAAGAACUCACCGGAACUCAAGCGCAGGUACGCAAAAUAACCACAGAUUUACCACUGGCUUCAGAAAAUUCACCCUUUCAGAGAUAAAAAAGGCGACUCAAGGAUUUAGCAAAGAGAUUGGAAGAGGUGCUGGAGGAGUUGUUUACAGGGGAAUGUUAUCUGAUCAUAGAAUAGCAGCCGUUAAGCGACUGAAUGAUGCUUACCAAGGAGAAGCAGAGUUCCAGGCAGAAGUUAGCACAAUUGGGAAACUUAAUCACAUGAACUUAACAGAGAUGUGGGGAUACUGUGCAGAAGGAAAGCACAGGCUUUUGGUAUACAAGUACAUGGAGCAUGGAUCCUUGGCAGAACAACUCUCUUCCAAUUCACUUGGUUGGGAAAAGAGGUUUGACAUCGCAGUAGGGACUGCUAAAGGCCUUGCUUAUUUACAUGAAGAAUGCCUAGAGUGGGUUUUACAUUGUGAUGUAAAGCCUCAGAACAUACUUCUCGACAGCAACUACCAGCCAAAGGUGUCAGAUUUUGGAUUAUCUCGGCCACUGAAAAGAGGUAGCCAAGUUAACAAAGGCUUCUCAAAGAUAAGAGGAACUAGAGGUUACAUGGCUCCGGAGUGGGUUUUCAAUCUGCCCAUCACCUCCAAAGUGGAUGUUUAUAGCUAUGGCAUGGUAUUGCUGGAGAUGAUCAGUGGAAAGUGUCCAGCAGAGGAGAUAGAGAACAGGAGGGUGGUUACAUGGGUGAGAGAAAAGAUGAAGCAAGCUACUGAAAUGAGCUCUUGGAUAGAAAUGAUCAUAGACCCCAAAUUGGAAGGAAAAUAUGACAAGGGUAGGAUGGAAAUCCUGUUUGAGGUGGCUCUAAAAUGUGUAGCUGAAGACAGAGAUGCGAGACCAACAAUGAGCCAAGUAGUUGAAAUGCUUUUACACCAGGAAAAUGAUUCUGAACUUGUCUAAUCCGCUGUAAGCAUAUAAUAGUCUUAACUCGUGUGUUCUCUAAGCAUGUAUGUCUGUGUGUGUUAGUCCGAGGUAGUGAUCGAUGUAUUUUCUUUAGGUCAGAAUAAUAGUAUUUGCU